CAGGCCGAAAUAGUUGCAGCUAGAUGCCAGCAAAUAGAUCUAAUCAAACAUGCAUGCUUCAGACUCUUAUAUUUGUCCUUCUAUUUUUUUUUCCUUGCGGAAUUCUUUUUAGGUAGGCUGUAGCAUUGUGCACCGUCACUUUAAAAAGACCAGACCAGACCAGCACCAAAGCUUUGAUGUCUACAAGUUGAUUGCAGACCGGAUUAAGUGAGUAGACCAUCAACUACAAGAGCCUCGAAGUUAUGUGCUGUCAGCCUCUCCUUUUGGUUUGCUCCCAUGGCCCUUCCCUCCUUGCCACCUAGCUUUAUUUUGCCCAAGUUUGCCUCAGCGCUCCACUCUGCUGUCCUUCAAUGUAACAGGGCAAUUCGUGCCAUCUCAGUGUUUACUGCUCACCUGCCUCAUUCUGAUGUACUGCAGCAGCAUCCCAUGGAGCACUUGCAAGCAUUGGAUUAUAUCCGGGCAGCAGCGUUCGCCAUCUUGCUAGUCUGGAUCCUUGCAGAGUUUGCGAAACGGAGGAAGAGGCGUCAAGAAGCAGCAGGGCAUGGCCAUGGCGCCGUGGUUUCGGCUCAGAGAAGAGGGGCAGCCCUGCUACAAGCUCAUAUAGUUGCAUUCUGCAAUGCUUCGAUGACGCUAUUGCAUAUUGGUUUUUCUGUUCUUGGAGUCUGGAAGCAGCAAGUUGUCUCCCCGGGUUUAGUCUUUGAAUCGGCAUCAUGGCUUCUUGCGACUCUAUUCUUGCUCUACUGCAAGCAUGAAGGUGCAGGAGUAGUAUCCAACUGGCCUGUGGUUCUAGUUUCUUGGUGGUUCUUCAGCUUCUUAUCAGAAUUGCUUAUCACCUCCUUGCAUUUGUUUCACCUCUUCAACUCUGCAACCGUCAUCAAUUUUACCUCACUUCCCUUCUGCACCAUCAUCUGCCUGGUUGUGGCAGCUAUGAGGCUUUCCAAAGCAAACCGGAAAGAGCUGAACCAACCUCUGCUCGAGGGAGAAGACACUGAUGACAGUAGCAGGAGCAGGUUCUCGAACUCCGGGUGGUGGAGUCGCCUCACAUUCCGGUGGCUGAAUCCAGUCCUUGAGAAGGGACACAAGGUGCGGCUCGAGCUUGAACACAUCCCAUCUGUCCCGCAGUCUGAGACAGCGGAGCAGUCAUAUGCCUUUCUACAAGAGACACUUCACACGCAGAAACCUGAGCCAAUGCAACUGCGAAAAACCAUUAUUUGUGCUGUCUGGACACCUUUGGUCCGCAAUGCAGUCUUUGCAGGGUUCAACACUGUUUCUUCUUAUAUGGGACCAUUCUUGAUCACCUACUUGGUGGAGCUACUCUCUGACAAGAACACUGACAAGGGCCAUGGCCGUGGCUACAUGCUUGCAUUCCUGUUAUUUGCUUCCAAGACAGUGGAGUCAAUUACACAGCGGCAGUGGUACUUCGGCGCCCGCAGAAUUGGAUUCCAGGUGCGUGCAGCACUGAUGGUAUCCAUCUACAAGAAGUCCCUGUCACUGAAGAACUCAAGCACAGUCGCAGGGAAAGUUGUGAACUUCCUCGACGUUGAUGUCGAGAAGGUUAGUGACUUCUUCUGGUACAUCCAUGGGAUUUGGUUGCUGCCCUUUCAAAUUUUCCUGGCACUUGCCAUCCUGUACUCUAGUCUUGGUGCAAUGGCCUCCCUGUCUGCAGUCCUCAUAACAGUGUUGGUGAUGGUGAGCAACACACCACUGACAAAAUCACAGCACAACCUCAACAUGAAGAUAAUGGACGCAAGGGACUCACGCAUCAAGGCUAUGGCCGAGGCUAUGAAGAGCAUGAGGAUCCUGAAGCUUCAUGCAUGGGAGACAGCCUACUUGGACAAACUCCUGAAGCUCAGGGAUGUGGAGAGGGGGUGGCUCAGGAGGUACCUCUACACAUGCUCCGCAAUAUGUUUCCUGUUCUGGGCCUCGCCAACGUUAGUUUCGGUCAUUACCUUUGGUGUCUGCAUUCUUGUGGACAUACCAUUGUCAGCUGGAACAGUCCUAUCAGCCCUUGCCACAUUCAGAGUCCUCCAAGAUCCAAUCUAUAACCUCCCGGAGCUCGUGUCGGUGAUCACACAAACCAAGGUGUCCCUAGAUAGAAUAGAAGAGUUCAUCAAAGAAGACCAGCAGGGGAAGCCAAGUUGCUAUGGAAACAUAACUGAAAAGAAGGACUUGGCAAUGGCUGGUGAAAUGGAAAUUGAACCAGGAGAAUACAGUUGGGAGGCUGACAAUAGCUCAAAGAAAACAAAGAUCACACUCAAGAUCGAGAGGAAGGUAAGCAUCAGGAAGGGUCUCAAGGUUGCAGUAUGCGGACCUGUUGGUUCAGGCAAAUCAAGUCUUCUUUACAGCAUCAUGGGAGAGAUUCCAAGGAUUAGUGGUGCAGAAACAAUGGUUGCUGGAUCGAGGGCAUAUGUCCCACAGAGCGCAUGGAUUCAGACUGGAACAAUUCAGGACAAUGUGCUCUUUGGGAAAGCUAUGGACAAGAGAUUAUAUGAGGAGGUGCUACAAGGUUGUGCUUUGGAUAGAGAUAUGGAGUUGUGGGCCAAUGGUGAUAUGACUGUAGUAGGGGAAAGGGGAGUGAACCUCAGUGGAGGCCAGAAGCAGAGGAUUCAGCUUGCAAGGGCGUUGUACAGUAAUUCUGAUGUUUACUUCUUGGACGAUCCCUUCAGUGCUGUGGAUGCACACACCAGCGCACAUCUCUUCAAGGAAUGCUUACUGAGACUAAUGUCCUCUAAGACAGUCAUGUAUGUUACUCAUCAGCUAGAGUUCCUGCGUGACUCAGAUCUUGUUCUGGUUAUGAAAGGUGGAAGGAUUGUUCAAUCUGGAAGAUAUGAUGAUCUGAUAGCAGACAAAGAUGGAGAGCUCUUGAAGCAAAUGGCUGCACACAACCAAUCCCUUAGUCAGGUCAACCCGGCAAAAACACAUGGCUUGACAAAAAGCAAACGACACAAGAAGAAGCAGGUGGAGCUCACAGAAAUAGAAUCAGCUCACCAUGUCGUAGGGAGGGAAUGUGAGGAAGAACGUGAAUCUGGAAGAGUUAAAUGGGAUGUUUACCGCAAGUUCGUCACCUCUGCAUACGGUGGAGCUCUCAUUCCUGUGGUUCUUGCAUGCCAUGUCUUUUUCCAAGGGUUGCAGAUAUGUAGCAACUACUGGAUUGCAUGGGCAGCAGAGAGACCAUAUCAAGUAAGCAAGCAGAAGAUGAUUGGCCUCUUUGUUCUGUUGUCAGCAGGAAGCUCAGCAUUUAUAUUGGGAAGAGCCGUCUUCCUUUCAACAAUUGCGAUUGAAACUGCUCAGCAGCUCUUCUUAGCCAUGAUCACAAAUAUUUUUCGAGCACCCAUGAGCUUCUUUGAUUCCACUCCAUCAAGUCGAAUACUCAAUAGGGCUUCGACAGAUCAAGCCACAGUUGACACAGAUAUUCCCUACAGGCUAGCAGGGCUUGUAUUCGCAAUGAUUCAGCUCCUCAGUAUUAUUUUCAUUAUGUCUCAAAUUGCUUGGCCCAUAUUCGUGUUAUUCCUAAUAAUAAUUGCAAUUUCCGCUUGGUAUCAGGGGUAUUAUAUCAGUUCGGCUAGAGAGCUAGCAAGGAUGGUUGGCAUCAGAAAAGCUCCAGUCCUCCACCAUUUUUCAGAGACUGUAUCAGGAGCUGCAACUAUUAGAUGCUUUAAUCAGGGAGAGAAGUUCCUCGCAAAGAGCUUUGCCCUCAUUGAUGACUAUACCCGCGUUACUUUCCACAAUUCAGCGACUGUUGAAUGGCUGAGCAUCCGUAUCAACUUUCUCUUCAACCUCGUAUUCUUCGUGAUGCUAGUCAUACUUGUUCUCUUGCCCAGGGAUACAAUCGAUCCAAGCCUUGCAGGGCUUGCAGCUACCUAUGGCCUUAACCUUAACGUGUUACAAGCAUGGGUUAUAUGGAACCUGUGCCAUGUUGAGAACAAGAUGAUCUGUGUUGAAAGGAUUUUGCAGUACUCAAACAUACCAAGUGAGUCUCCUUUGGAGGUUACAAACUGUAGACCAACAGAAACAUGGCCAUGGUGUGGAACAAUUCAGAUCGAGGCUCUCCAAAUUCAGUACAAACUUGACAUGCCCAUGGUUCUCAAGGGCAUAAGCUGCACGUUUCCUGGAGAAAGGAAAAUUGGGGUGGUGGGGCGGACAGGGAGUGGGAAGUCUACUCUCAUCCAGGCUUUGUUUCGGAUCGUCGAACCAUCUGCAGGACGGAUACUCAUAGAUGGAGUGGACAUAUCACUUUUGGGAUUGCAUGAUUUGCGCUGUAAAUUGAGUAUUAUACCACAAGAACCGACUCUGUUCCAAGGGACUGUCAGAGCAAACCUGGAUCCUCUACAACAGUAUCUGGACACCGAAAUAUGGGAGGUUCUGCGGAAGUGCCGCCUUGACGAGAUUGUCAGAGAAGACAAUAGGUUGCUAGAUGCACCAGUUGCUGAAGAUGGAGGAAACUGGAGUGUGGGGCAAAGACAACUUGUCUGCUUGGCCAGGGUAUUGCUCAUGAAAAAGAAAAUACUUGUUCUGGAUGAAGCUACAGCAUCAGUUGAUACUGCAACAGACAAUAUCAUCCAGAAGACUAUAAGGCAAGAAACGGACAAUUGCACAGUUAUUACGAUUGCUCACAGGAUUCCCACCGUGAUCGACAGUGACCUUGUUCUUGUGCUCGGUGAAGGUAACAUACUAGAGUUUGAUUCACCAGAAAAUCUCCUUAGGGAUGAGUCAUCGGCUUUCUCGAAGCUGGUGAUGGAAUUUGUGGGAAGAUCAGAGGGAAGACAUCAACCAGUACUGACAUAGAAACAUCAAGCAACUAUCAACCUCACGUAGACCUGUAUAUAUAGACUACGGAUUAUAAAGAGGGGGCACGGCUGGGUAGAAGGCAGCACUAAAAGGAAAUUUUGGUUUAGUGAUGACAAUUAGAGUUAGACCAGUGCCUCCAAUGGCAUGUGGAUACUCGAGCUAUAUUAGAAAUUAACUUAUCUUGUCAAUCAGGUGAUCUUAGAUUGAUGCAUCUUCGUUUCUUGAAACAACUAAAAGGGUCUUUUCCUGCUUUUUUUUU